AUGGUGAGCAUGAUUAUUGGGGAUUGGACUCGGGAAUACAGACUGAAGGGUGAAAAUCUAUGGGCUGUUGAUGAAAACAACGCUUCCUCCUCAACAUGGAAAUCUGGGAAAUGGCAGAGUUUGGGGAUCUUGGCCCCAAGGGAACUUCAAAUCCCAAACACAGCAACAGUCUCUGACGCUUGCAACAGAGCUGGUUGGAUAUUCCCUGGUGCUCGAUCAGAGGCGGCUGAGGAACUCCUUAUAUAUUUGACUUAUCUGCAACUACCCUCUCUAUCAACAAUUGAGGACACCUAUGUCUGGGUGGUUGACAAUGAAGAGCUCACAGAUUUCUCCUCUAGAAAGACAUGGAACGUGUUGAGAAACAGAGGACAAACGCAACUUUGGACAAAAAAUAUUUGGUUCAAGGGUCAUGUCCCCAAGCAUGCUUUCACAGCUUGGAUAGCACACCAGGUCUCGUCUCUCUAG